AUGACAUCUGUUAAAUGUGUUGCAUGUCCAAAGUUUUGUAUGGUUGAAUAUCGAGAUAUAGAGUUGGAUAAUACUCUUGCGACCUUUAUUCAAACAAAGACUGGUAUAUUUCCAACUGCUCCAACUACCAAUGAUAAAGUCCAUAUUUGUAAGGAAUGUUAUUCCACUUUUAUGAAAAAUAGAAUUAAAAGAUUAUCAUCAUCAUCAAUAAAUGGAAGUAGUGAAGUUGAUUCAUCAUCUUCAUUGGAUCGUUUUUAUUCUUCACCACACCAAUCCAAUGCUGGUAGUAGCAGCGCAGGAUCAUCACCAUCGUCACCACAUACAUCGCAACCAGCAUCUCCAAACCUCUAUGGAAUGGAGUCUCCACACUGUCAUUUUGCCAACCAACAGGUUCCAUCUGACGUUGCUGGUGCUGGUACUGGUGCUAGUGCCUCUGCAGCUGCUCCCAAGUACUCUGAUGAGGACCUCAAGACCAUUUGUGUUGGCUACUUGAAAAACUUGAAAGCUGUAGAGUUGCAGUCGCUUUUGCGUGAUGUCAACCAAUCGUGCAAGGGUGCCAAGCAAAAGUUGGUCGAACGUAUCAUUCGACACAUUUUUACCUUUCAAAAGCCUGGCAAUGUGCACUUUGACAAUAACCUCCCAAGAGAGCGAUUGAUCGCCGACUUGAGAUCGCGUUAUGGUAUUGACACCAAGUCUGUCAAGGAAUACACACUCCAAGAGCUCAAUGGCAUGUAUGUCACCUAUUAUUGUAUCUUUGGUGCCUCCAAAUUCAAAAAGGAUGGUUCUUUAAAUCCAGUUGCCUCCAACAAUGGUACAGGUGCAUCUCGUCGUGCCUCUUUAAAUGCUAGUCAAUUAAAGACUAUGGUCAAUAAUAGCCAUUCAAAGGUCGUUGUCGCUGCCACCGCUCCACUUUCACCAACUCCAUCAUUUGUACAUCUUAGUAUCAAUGACAAGGCGGCAGUUGGUGAAGUUCCAAAAUCAAUAUCUCCAAGACCAUUGUUGAUGAGUAAUACCAGUACUACUACUACUACCACAAAUACAAUUAAUAAUAAUAAUAAUAAUAAUACUACCAAUACCUAUAAUAAUAAUAUUGUAACACCAAAUAAUAAUAAUAAUAAUAAUGUUAAUAUAACUAAUAAUAAUAAUAAUAAUAAUAAUAAUAAUAAUAAUAAUAAUAAUAUUGUAACACCAAAUAAUAAUAUAUCUUUUACUUACCCAUCAACAACAGCCAAUUAUGACCCAAAUAAUUAUGGUUAUUAUCAACCACAACAACAACAGCAACCACAAUAUUCUACACCAUAUGCUAUAAAUAUUUCACCAAGAUUGUUACCACAACAACAACAACAACAACAACAACAAAUAACUGAACAACAACAAUAUUAUAAUCCAAAUACAAAUAAUUAUAUAUAUAUACCAGUACCAGUAUCACCAACUCCAUCACCACCAAUGACAGCAAGAAUGGCAACUGCACCAUCGCAUCCAUCAUACCCACCAAGCAUAUCUAUAACUUGUUCGACAGAGUUUAACAAUACCAUCAAUGACAACCAUAUGAUGAAUGCCUACCAUUCACCACAUUCAUCGUCAUCACCAAUCUAUAAUCCAAAUAGUAAUAUUCAUAUAGUCUCUACAAACCACCACCACCAAAAUUACAUAAUGAAUGAAAUGCCAACUAUCGUUGCUGCACCAACUUCAAUAACCACCACCUCCAACAACCAUAAUAGUAUUCCUUAUUCUAGCUUAUCUAAUCAUUUAGCUGGAAGUGGUUAUUACUAUUAA